UUCGGUGUGUUGGCAACAACAAAUAUCCUUCCCUGCGGAUAACUUGCUGUGCUGUAAAUUUUACUCCCAGCAGUGUAACGAUCAAUAUUCAAUUACUAAAAAUGCCUACCGUCGGUGUGAAACGUGACUUACUGUUCAAGGCACUUGGUAAAACAUACACUGAUGAUGAUUUCCAAAAAUUAUGCUUCGAGUUUGGCCUGGAGCUAGACGAGAUCACGACGGAAAAGCAGAUGAUCACCAAGGAACAGGGUCAGGUGGAAGCCGCCAAGGAUGCAUCGGAGGAAAUAAUCUAUCGUAUUGACAUCCCAGCCAACCGGUACGAUCUGCUCUGUUUGGAAGGACUGGUUAUGGGGUUGCAGGUGUUCCUUGGAAAGCUCAAGUUUCCCCGAUUCACCAAGGUCGGACCAGUGGACAAGAGUUCGUCACCGCAGAAGAUGAUCGUUACGAAAUCUACUGCACUUGUACGACCAUUCGCGGUAGCGGCCGUGCUGCGUGAUGUUACCUUCACGAAGGAUUCGUAUGACAGUUUCAUUGAUCUGCAGGAUAAACUUCAUCAAAACAUAUGCCGUAAGCGUGCACUGGUCGCAAUUGGAACGCACGAUCUGGACACCCUGCAGGGACCGUUCACAUACGAUGCUAAGCCGCCGAAGGACAUUAGCUUCGUGCCGCUGAACCAGGAAAAAGCGAUGAAUGGUGAUCAACUGAUGGAGUUCUACUCGACGCACGCCCAGCUCAAGGCAUACCUACCCAUCAUCCGUGACUCUCCUGUGUAUCCAGUGAUUUACGAUGCGAAGGGUGUAGUGCUAUCAUUACCACCGAUCAUCAAUGGCGACCAUUCGAAGAUUUCGCUGCAAACGAAAAACGUGUUCAUUGAGUGCACUGCAACCGAUUUGACCAAGGCGCGCAUCGUACUCGAUACGCUUGUGUGCAUGUUUUCCACGCACUGCGCGAAACAAUUUACCGUCGAGUACUGUGAUGUCGUGUCGGCAAGCGGUGAAACUAAGCAGUAUCCGGAUCUUGUCUUCCGAAAGGAACGGAUUUCGGUGUCCAAGACAAACGCGUACAUUGGGCUGAAUGAAUCGGCAGAGAACAUGACGACGCUGCUGAACCGAUUGCUUCCGACCAAGCAAACCGAUCCGGACACGUUGGAAGUGGAAAUUCCACCCACGCGGCACGAUAUGCUGCACGUCUGUGACAUUUACGAAGAUGUGGCCAUCGCCUAUGGGUACAAUCGUAUUCCGAAAACGCUGCCGGCCAAGAUGCACAUUGCGAAGCAGUAUCCAUUGAACAAGCUGACCGAACAACUGCGGGAACAGAUCGCCCAGGCAGGCUUUACGGAAGGGCUGACAUUUACGCUCUGCUCGCGAGACGACAUUGCGGCCAAGAUGAAUUCAAACAUUGAUCGCAUCCCGGCAGUGCACAUCGCCAACCCGAAGACGCUCGAAUUCCAGGUGGUCCGUACGACACUAAUACCGGGUUUGCUGAAAACACUCGCAGCCAAUCGCAAAAUGCCACUGCCACUGAAGCUCUUUGAAGUGUCGGAUGUUGUGCUGGCGGAUAGCAAAUCGGAAGUCGGUGCCAAGAAUGAACGUCGGGUGUGUGCGGUAAACUGUAAUAAGACGGCCGGGUUCGAAGUGGUGCACGGGUUGCUGGACCGUGUGAUGCAGUUACUGGAGGUACCGUGGGAUAAGAUGAACGGAUACUAUCUGCAGGCAUGCGAUGAUCCGGCCUAUUUCCCGGGGCGUUGUGCUGCGGUCCUGUACAAGGGCACGGAAAUUGGACGGAUUGGUGUGCUGCACCCGACGGUACUGCAAGCGUUCGAGCUUACUACGCCGUGCUCGGUGGUUGAGUUCAAUAUGGAAUAUUUCGUCUAGAACCGUUCGUUUGGAUCGGAAAUAAAACUCUUUGCCCUGUUUGUACGUUGCUUUCUGUACAGCUGUACGGUUGAUGCAAAUACUGAUUAUAAAUCGUUUAUUUUUAUAAAACCAUACACUGACAGUUUGACUGAAAAUUCUCUUAGUUGUGUUGUACUGGCCACCGUACCAAGCAGCUGCUUUUUCCGAUCUACACUAUUGCUAAUGAUGGCGGAACAUCCGGGCCCGGUUCCAACGAGUUGUACGUAGCUUAUUUGUUCGUUUUGAAGCGGGCUAACGCGAUAAUCGAGCCCCAUUUCAAUUAUUUGUUCCACAUCCAGCGGUCCUUUCGAGAUGGUGAUAUUGUGCAGCAAUUGUUCACCUUAAACCAGUACCCGUAAUUAGCGACCCGAUACGAUCGAUUGCUAAUGAAAUGUUUCACUUACCGGUAGCUUGUUCGCCUAUUUUAAUGUUGCAGUUUGCAUUGCAACCGAUCAUCACAUUGAGAAGUGCUAGAAAGGUAACUACAAACGAUCUGCAGACCU